AGGAGCCAACAACAGAGCCGAUGUCUACAAAGGUUUCAACUAAGUAUACAACAGACAUACAUACGUCUAGUCCUGAAAUAGUGACGGAACAAAUGACAACCUAUCAAACCUCUACUGAUCAUCCUACAAAGGAGCCAAAGGCUACAACAAACAUACAUAGUACUCGUCCAGAAACAACAUUAUUAGCAACGUCGGAACUUGCCUCUACUAGGGUCUCCACAAAAGCUACAUCAAAUGGGGUUACUGCCAAUCCAACAACAAUAGAGUCAACGUCAAGGGCUACCUUAGACAGAACAACACUGUCGUCAACAAGUGGCCAACCAAGUACUGAUCUUCCUACUGAAGAAGCUCCCACAACUGGUUUUCCAACAAUUUCCACCGACAAUACAAGUCCUUUAACGAGUGUACUUGAAGAAACGACGGAACAUUUGACGACUCACCUGAUGUCUAGUGAGAAGCCAACAACAGAGCCUAUAUCGACAAGAUUUUCAACAAAUCCUACAACAACGACUGGUAAGGCAAGUACUGGUUACAUAACACAAGAAGCCCCCAGCACUCGUUUUCCAACAAUUUCCACCGACCAUACAAGUCCUUUAACGAGUGUAUUUGAUCAUACGACGGAGCAUUUGACAACUUCUCAAAUCUCUACCGAGAAUCCAACAACGGAGCCUAUGUCGACUAGCUUUUCUAAAAAUCCUGCAACAACGAUGGAACAUCAGACAACUCAUAAGAUAUCAACAGAGAAGCCUACAACGGCAUCUGUGUCGACAAGCGAACACACUUCUAGUCCAGAAACAACGUCAGAUCAUUUGACAACGUACCAGGCCUCUACCGAGCAGCCAACAACGGAGUUUGUGUUCACAAAGUUUACAACAAACUCUAUAACAAAUGAACACACUACUAGUCUAGAAACAGCGACAGAUCAUUUGACAACGUCCAAGGCCUCUACCGAGAAACCAACAACGGAGUAUGCUUCCACGGAGUUUCCAAUACAUUCUAUAACAAAAUUACAUAAAUCCAACAACAGAAACAGUUUCCACAAAGUUUCCAACACAAACUACAAAGCCAACAACGGGAACAAUGUCAACAAGUCAUUCUGCACAAACUGCAACAAACAUACAUUCUACUGUCCCUGA